CUCACUCCUCGUGCGCGGCGCUCCCGUUCCUGUUCCUGCUCAUCCACUCAGUGAGGAACCCCCGCACACAUGCUUCGCGUCAGGAUUUUUUUUUAAAAUAGAGAAUUUAUUUGUUAUUAUUUACCAGCAGUUCGGCGGUUAUUCCAUCGAUUGCUAUCGUAGAUGUCACGCGCAAACGAAGAAGAAUCAUGACAGGUGCGCGAGCUCGAUCGGGUCAACUGUCUGCGAAGACGAAGACCGAGGCACGCAAUUAAGGUGGUGUCGAAACAAACGGGCUGGCUUCAUUCAUUUGGCUCGGAGAAAGAACGGGCGGUGGGGGGGGGGACCAAAAAAAAAAACAAGCUUUGUGCGAAGAAGGAGGAAGAACAGGGGAACUAACCGCUGGACAUGCGACAUGAGUAACAAUAGUGAUGGAGUUGGAGGGCUUCUGCCCCUCUGGAACUUCAAUGGAUCUUCAUUCAACAAGUCCAGCGACCCGUUCGCCAACACGACAUGCAACGCGUCUACAAACGAUUCCACGUUCUGCUCGCCGACGGACGACGGCUCGGGAGCCGCAAGUUCGUACAAGGCGGUGGAGAUGUUUUUCAUCGCCCUGGUCACUGGCUCGCUGAGUCUCGUGACCGUCACGGGGAACAUUUUAGUCAUGCUGUCCAUCAAAGUCAACCGCCACUUGCAAACUGUCAAUAACUAUUUCUUGUUCUCGUUGGCAUGCGCCGACCUGAUCAUCGGUGCGUUCAGUAUGAAUUUAUACACUGUUUACAUCAUCGUUGGAUACUGGCCCCUCGGACCCGUGGUCUGCGACUUGUGGCUCGCUUUAGAUUACGUGGUGUCCAACGCAUCAGUGAUGAACUUGCUGAUUAUCAGUUUUGAUCGCUACUUCUGCGUGACCAAGCCCCUGACGUACCCGGCAAGAAGGACCACAAAGAUGGCGGGCUUGAUGAUUGCAGCUGCCUGGAUCUUAUCCUUCAUCCUUUGGGCCCCCGCCAUCUUGUUCUGGCAGUUCAUCGUUGGGCAGAGGACAGUACCACCUGGAGAGUGUUACAUUCAGUUCUUCUCGAACCCCGCGGUGACGUUUGGCACAGCUAUAGCGGCAUUCUAUCUCCCGGUCAUAAUCAUGACCGUGCUGUACAUUCACAUUUCACUGGCAUCCAGGAGCAGAAUCUCCAAACAUAAACCCGACAAGAAGGAGAAGAAAGGCUCAAAACCACCCAGCAUGAUGAAGAGCCACGUGCUAAAACAGAACAACAACAACGAAACCAGUCCUCAGAGCAGCGCCCACAUGACUCCCAAGCUCAGUUUGGCCUCGACCACCACCGUUGAUGAGGCUGUGAAGAACGGCAGGGUGGGGGCAGCCAAACCAGACGGACCGCAGCCAAUGGCCCAACCCAGUCCGGCGCUCACGACACAGGAGGAAAAGGAGAGCUCCAAUGAUUCGUCCACAGCUUUUAUACCCGCAACAGAACCAAAGGCCAUUCAUGAUGUGAUACCCGAGGCCGCGACUAAUUCCAACCCAGUUCCGGCAAGUCUGACAAAUCCUUCCAUAUCCAAAAUCAAUGCCAGCUCAAGGUGGUCCAAGAUAAAGAUCGUAACCAAGCAGGCGGGGGACGAAUGCAUCACGGCGAUCGAGAUCGUUCCGCCCGUGGAGGGAGCCGAGAGGCAUUCCAUCCCAAUCAGCCGCCCCAGGACGGUCGCCAGGAAGUUUGCCAGCAUCGCUCGGAGCCAAGUGAAGCGAAAACGACAAAUGGCCGCCAGGGAAAAAAAAGUGACCAAGACCAUCUUUGCCAUCCUGCUGGCUUUCAUCAUUACUUGGACGCCGUAUAAUGUGAUGGUUUUGAUCUCCACCUUCUGCCAGUCGUGCGUUCCCGACACCGUGUGGGCCAUCGGCUACUGGCUGUGCUACGUCAACUCCACCAUCAACCCGGCUUGCUACGCCCUUUGCAAUGCCACGUUCAAAAAGACUUUUAAGAACCUGCUGCUGUGCCAAUACAAGAACAUUGGCACCAGAUGAGUGGGCAGGAUUGAGGCUGCAGGGGGGCCUGGGGGGGGGGGGGGGGGGGGGAGAAAAAAAGAGAGAGAGAGAGAGAGAGGCUCGGAAGGGAUGGAUGGAUGGAUUUCAAAGUUGAGCCGCUGAAGACAUUUGCAGUGGAGAAGCACACGCGAUUUAAGUCCUCCAGGCCCCCCCCCCCAUCAAAUGGACAACAUCUCCUGCAGCAGAAAAAUGAUCAAUUGUGCUAUGGGGGGGCAGGAAGGACAAUGAGUUGCAUCGGUGAACUGACUGACAUUUGAAUGACAAUCCUAAUCAAUGAGAGAAAAAUGCUGAGAGGUAAGACAUGCCAAAUUGGGGGGUCGGGGGGGGGGCGCACUUGUGGUUGCGUCAAUGUAUGAAUGAUCGUGUGGAUUAAUUUUGUGUACAGUGGACGGAUGGGAUCGAUGACGACGAGAUAAUCACAUAAGCUGACCAAAGAUGUUAGGAAGGUUCCCACAAUUUUUUUUUGUGGGGGCGGUUAAUUCCGCUCAAGCCAAUUUGGUGGGUGUGAGAGUGGAUUGUGGACCACAAAGAUGAAUUUGAUUCUUUUGGGUUGAUCAGGAUGCAUAAAGCAUCUCGUCUUCAAUUUAGAUCGGAGAGCGUCCGGUUUCAAUGUGAACUCAAACUUGGAUCGAAAAUGGAUCAAUGGAUGAUGGAGCCACCAAAUUCCAGUUUGCUGAUUACAGCAUAUUCUGUUUCGCCGGUUUCGUUGACCAAAAAAAUGAUUCAAUUCCACAUUUACAAAUACAGUCAGACCUCGGUUUUCGACCAUCGUCCGUUCCAGAAGGCCGUUCGAAAAGCGAUUUGUUCGAAAAACAACACCACAAACUUUUAAAGAAAAAAAAUCUUUAUUGAACAGGUCUGCUCACAAUGGAACGCUACACCAGGAAGCGUCACUUCUUCGCGGAAGGAAGGCGAGAGGAGUCGAGUGGCGCAUUCAAGUACGCUCAGUUUGGUCGAGAACCGAUUUUCGAUCGUAAUCCGAGGCAUACAAAAACCUGGAAUUUUUUUGGUCGAAAUCCGAUUUGGUCGGGAGCAGAGACGUUCGAAAACCGAGGUUUUGACUAUACUUUUCAGAUAAUUUUCAGAAAACGUGCAAAUCCGGAGAGCUACGUAGUACUCAAUUACGGAGAUAUAGCGCUAAACCGCAAGCCUAAAAAAAAAUACAUCUUCCCCUUCGGCAUGGCGGGAAAGUCAGAAAAACAAAAUAUGAUUUAAAAAGUCCGACUUGACAGCCAGCGUGCGGCGAGGGGCUUCGGGCUGGCGCGGCUGCUUUAGAGCGCCACGUUGUGCAAUAGCUGAUGACGAGCAGAUGGGACAAACAACAACAGCGUAAUUUUAUUCUAUUUAUUUUAUUUUUUGUGGAGAGUAGGACAAAAAAAUUUUGUUGAAAAGACAAUCAUGGUUCCCAAUCAUGUUGGGCAGAUUUGAAACUUUCUCUGCAUAUAAUGUAAAUGAAUCAGUCGUGCAAUGGCAACGCGACGGCUGCUCAGUCUUGCGAAUCUGUUCGUGCUGUAGUUGUUGUUCAAUUUAUUUUCACCGUUUUGUUUACUUGAUGCACAAGUCGAGGUCCAGUAGGUGUCGGGUACGUACGUACCCCCAACGGUUUAAUUAUGAGACUCGAUGUUUGUACUUUUCCCGGAGAACAAAAUGUACAGAAUUGCUUUGAGAUGAGUGCCGCAUAGGUGACAAACCAUUUUACCUCGAAAGUUGUUGUUGUUGUUUUUUUGUUUUCCGAUGGUGAAGCAUGCUUUGGUCUCAAACUGGCGUGGUAAUUGAUUUCCAAUGUACAGCGCAUGCACUUUUUUUUAUGAUCCGACAUUGCAUUGUGAAUUGUGUUCCUCCUUCUCAUUGAAGCAAACAAAACAUCAAUAAAGUCAUUACCAAAAAAAAAAACAAAA